AUGGCUCAAGACAUAUUGAACGAGGAUUUGGAUGAUGAAGAGGAGACGAGUACAAAGGGUUUGAGCGCACUUGAAAAAAUGGUCGCAGGUGUUGGAAAUACAACCGAUGAAUAUAUGAUUUACUUGAUUAUUGCAGUAAACAUCGCUGUAGCUGCAUUUAUAAUCAAAUCAUUGUUGUGGUUGAUAAAGUAUGUCACUAACUCCGGUUCAAAUCUUGGCAUGAACUGGCCAUGCAAUAAAUUUACGGAGGUUGCUGGUGCGCUUACGAAGAGGACCGGCACUGUCUCUGUGGACGAGACCUCCUCGAGCACACCCGGAGGUGAGUAG